AUGGCUGCAGUGAAGCGCGGCUUCGAUUCGCCCUGCCCCUGCCUCUGCCACUCCCCUCCCUAUUUUCUUCCCCCACUGAUAUUUUCCCCCCACCUUCCCCUUCCCCACCCCGGCCCCCACCGUCCCCCUCGUCCACCCCAUUCCCCCUUUACCCCCGUUACGCGCGCAGGCCUGGCAGGAGGCGUACGAGUUGACGCCAGGCUCCUUUCUGCCGCCCCUCUCCGUCGCCCUGCCGCCCGGCGUGCCGCCCGCGCCGCAUCUGGAGGACUGUACGGCGCGCACGGCGGCCAGGGCGCGCGCAGAGGCGCGGGGGGAGGGGGGGGAGGCGCCCCCCUGGACGGCGCCCUCCCAGUGCUGCGGAUGCUCCCCCCAGCCGCCCUGGGUGGGUGGGUACGAGGAGACGAUGCGUCCAAUCUCCCACUGACACGUGUCGCCCAAUCACACAUCUGGAAGCACCAAUUCCCCCCUUCGUGCGACCACCGCCGCCUUUUGCUAGUUGAUUGGCCACAGCUGGAUGCUGACGUGGCAGCAGGAAGGCAAGGGGAUGCGGAAAGGGCAGACAGCAUGGGGGGGAUGGCGGGGGAGGUGCAUGUGGUGGGGGGCCUGCUGGGGCUGGCAGUGCUGCUGAACCGCACACUCGUUGUUACCCCGGGCUCCUUCCCCCAUGCCAACCACUCCGCUUGCUCCGCCACCCCAGAGUCGCUGGCCUGUUUCUUCGCCCCCAUCGCUGGGCCUCUCUGUGAGCAGGCAGCAGCACACGCCAUGGCCGCCCACCCGCCCGUGCCCGCCCUCGCAUGUGCCUCCAGCGCCACCGCCCAAGGCGCGGCCGCCCAAGGGGCCGCUCAGGGCGCCUCGCAGGGCUUGGAUGAGCUGGAAGCGCUGCUGACGUCAGCAGAUCUGGUGGUGCGCGUCUGCACCGGGGCGUUAAGCCGACACCAACUGCUGCUGCUGGCCAACGAGUCGCGCGUCGCCACGCAGUGGGGUGCAGCUGUGAGCGAGGCAUCCCAGUCGGUGGAGGUGGCAGGGGUGGUGCCGCCACACGAUGCACACAGGGAGCAGUUGCACUGGUGGCGAUCCCAGGCCGUCCGAUUCCUCUUCCGCUGGCCAUCUGCUCACCUCUGCCACGUCACCAACCUUAUCCGCCACAUCAGCUACGGCCGUUACAUCGCUGCUCAGAUGCACUCCGCUGCCCAGCAGCAGGCUGCCAUCAUCCGCUCUCUCGCUGCUGGCCCGUCCGAGGCCGACAAGAGCAUCGGAAUCGAUACGGCUGCCGAAGCCAAGUUCCUAGCCUCGGUAGACAUCAGGUCCGGGCCAAGCCUGGAGGGUCGGGUGUGGCCAGCGUUAGGGUUUGAAGGAUGUGUGAAGACAAAGGAGGGGGCGUGGGGAGGGAGUGUGAUUAUAGACGAGGUGUAUGAGGGAGUGGGGAGGGAGGCAUACAUAAUGCGGCCUGUAGUGAGUGUGCAUGUGAGCAUGGGCGGCAGUGGGGGAGCUACAGGCAAUAGUGGUGGUGCAGACCCCAACACAACGCUGCCAGCAGCAUCACCCCCCCAGCCAGACCCACUGUGCCGGUACGUGCCCACUCUCCUCCCUGCUGAGCUGCUACUGCCAGCAUGUGACCCUCACUCCACUCAUGGUCCACUGUUCAUGCUUCCUGACAUGGUGCACUCUUAUUUCACAUGCGUCUGUAUGCAGGAAGUGAGCAGUGAGCUCUCGGAGCACCAUGACUGGACGUUUCACAGCGCCGUAGGGAGCAUGGAUGCCCAUGAUGGGCAAUCACCGCCUUCUGGCUUGGAAGGCAGCCUGGGUAGCGCAAUGGGUGGCACUGCAAGCAUGCUCUCUCAGCUCCUCAUUGCCUCUGAAUGUGAUUAUUUUGUGGGCGCACUCAGCUCCUCCAGUGCACAACUGUUAAACGAGCUCAGAAGCACAAAUGGGAGACUACUGUCUGGAUUCAUUUCCUUGGAUCAACUUUAG